AUUGCAAAAUAGAUAAUAAGUGGAAUUAUUCAUUUUAUAUAAUCUAAAAUUAAAAGGCUUACGAAUGCAGUUUUGGGUGUAAAUUGAACGUUAUACGAUAACGUUAUGCUACACUGAUAGCAGAGACAGCGUCAUGGAAAAAGACGUUAAGGCAGACGUGGUUCCUGCAGUGGUUGGAGGGGUAAAUGUAGCAAAUCUGGCAGCUCAGAGCAGGUCUGAGGAUGAAGACCAAGCCAUCGUGAAGGACAUAAAGAGACCAGCGGCUCAGGCCUUCGGUGGAGGAGGUCUGGUUCCGAAAAGGAGAAGCUCUUCCAGGUCAAUUAAGAGGAAGAAGUUUGAUGAUGAGCUGGUUGAGAGCAGUCUGGUUAAAUCCUCAAGCAGGGUUAAAGGCCCCCCAGGUAUCGAGCCGAUCCGUUGCCCUGGGGCCGAGCCAUCGUCCAGUGAAAAGAAGAAGGUCUCCAAGUCCAGCACGUCUUUAACUCCUCCGCUCACUAUGGUGAUCACACCAUCCCCAAUCACCAAACGAGUGAAGAAGAGCAAGCAGCCUCUGCAGAUCACUAAAGACCUGGGACGCUGGAAACCCACAGAUGACCUGCUGCUCAUUAAUGCAGUGCUGCAGACUACAGAUCUCACCUCAGUUCAUCUGGGAGUGAAGUUCAGCUGCCGGUUCACACUGAGGGAGAUUCAGGAGCGCUGGUAUGCUCUGCUCUAUGACCCUGUCAUAUCCAAGUUGGCAUGGCAGGCCAUGAGGCAGCUCCACCCUGAGGCCAUCGCUGCCAUUCAGAGCAAAGCUCUGUUCAGCCAGGUCGAGGAGGCUCUGCUCGCCAAGAUUAGCUCUAACAGUCAGCCAAAACUGGAGGUCUUCCAGGACUUGCUGAAUAAGCACCCUGACGUUUUCUACCCGUCACGCACCGCUAAGAGUUUACUGGUACACUGGCAGCUGCUCAAACAGUACUGCUUACUGGACGACCAAAGUGUUCAGCCACUCCCCAAAGCAGAUCAGGUUCUUAACUUCUCAGAUGCUGAGCAAAUGGUCGACGAUUCCAAGCUGAAGGACAGCAGAGAUGAAGUACUGGAACAUGAGUUGAUGGUUGCAGAUCGGCACCAGAAGCGGGAGAUCAGACAGCUGGAGCAGGAGCUCCCACGCUGGCAGGUGUUGGUGGACAGCAUCACCGGUAUGAACUCACCAGAUUUUGAUAACCAGACAUUGGCUGCAUUGAGAGGACGCAUGGUCCGAUACCUUAUGAGGUCCAGAGAGAUAACCCUUGGGCGUGCCACCAAAGACAAACAGAUAGAUGUGGAUCUGUCUUUAGAGGGACCAGCGUGGAAAAUCUCCAGGCAGCAGGGGAUCAUCAAGCUCAAAAACAACGGCGAUUUCUUCAUUGUGAACGAGGGCCGUAGACCUAUCUAUAUCGAUGGCAGACCAGUCCUGACUGGUAACAAAUGGAAGCUUAACAAUAACUCUGUACUGGAGAUUGCAGGGCUUCGCUUCGUGUUCCUCAUUAACCAGGAGCUGAUCUCUCUCAUCAAAGCCGAGACAGCCAAGAUGAACCAGCAGUGAUUCUCAAAUCUGCACCUGAUCAGCCAGCUCAGGACUUGUGCACUGCGUGACUGAGCAGGAGUGUGGACUGCUGCCUCAACUAGAUUGUCCUGCAGACAACUCCAGAAGGUUUAUAAGGGCUCUUAAUCGUUUGAGUAAGAACGCCCCUUUAGAGCCAUUACAGAGGAUUUGGACUAAAGGUUCAGUUAAUAAGUUUCAUAGUGUAGUACAGUAAAGCUGCACCAAUAUACAGUACAGCCAGUAUCUGACAUGUAGCCAAUAUGGACACAUCAGUUUGGAAAACUAACAGAGCUCUUUAUCAAUGUUUGUUCGAGUUUGAUGUUGGUGUAUGUGUUGCUGUUUGACUUAGGCUUUAGGCCCAGAUGUAAUCUUUACACAGUGCUUUUCUUAUUCCUUCAAGAAAGUUCAAAAUACAGUCAUUUGAAGAUGAGAAGCAACGAGUAAGAUUUUAUUUGUUCAAUUGCUUAUUUAAAACUGAUGUUAAUAAUUAUUGUUCUUGGGGUUAUAAGCCUUUGCAGGACUGAUAUCAGUGACCACUGUAUUGUUUUGUUCAGUAAGUAUUCUGACUGAGUUUCCAGACUGGACUUUCUAUGGAUGUUUUUAUUAAUCAUAGCACUGGCAUGAUUAAAAAAUAUAUUACAAUGGUCAAAUUAAUGCAGGCCCAUUUUUAACGGUGGAGUACAUGAAUAUGUUAUCCCGAGGGGAAUUGCAGUGUUGCACUAGAAUAAACGUUUCUAAAUAAAUAGAAUAAAAAUACAAAAUCUACACACACACACCUCACUUUCUUUCUCCAUCUCAUUCAUUCAAAGAAGGCAGAUGUGGACCAGUAGCUCCAGGUAAUGCUCAUAUCAACUAUCAGAAAGAGGAAAUUGUGUUCUCAGUAAUUUUGCCGUGAUUGUUGGUGCCAGACAGGCUGGUUUGAGUAUUUCUAUAAAUGCUGAUAUGGGGUUUUCAUGCUUGGGUUUAUUCAGAAUGGUUCUGUAAAGAAAUAGUGAGUAGCAGAUCUGUGGUUGGAAAUGCCUGAUGAGAGAUCAACAGAAAAUGGCUAGACUGGUUUGAGCUGCAGUAACUACCAUGGCAGUGGAUCACAAGAAAAAAAAAAAAACCCUGGUGAAUCUUGAUUUCUGCUGAGGCACCAAGAGGAUAGUCUGAAUUUCUUGCCAGUGACCUCCAUGGAUCCAAUUGUCCUUGUAUCAAACAUCCAGGCUGGUGUAAUGGUGUGGGAAAUGUUUUCUUAGUAUCAGUUAUCCCUUGGAUUGCUCUGCUGCUGAACAUGUGCAUCUUUGCAUGGACACAAUUUAAACACAAUUAACUUUUAAUAACUGCUUCCUGCGUGAUAAUGCACCACAUGCAUUAUACCACAAAGCAAAAUUUGUCUUAAACUGCUAAUGAACUAAUGAGCAUGAGUUCAGUGUUCUUGCUGGCCUUUCCAGUCCAAUAAAACACAUGUAGGAUGUGGUAGAAAAUGAGAUUAGCAGCAUUAAAGUUCCCCUGAAAGCAGGAAUCUCAAAGGAAUGUUUGAAUGUUUCUAAAGAACAGUUUAAUAGGAACACCACAUGGUCAUUUUUGCAGUUUUCUAAUCAGUGGUGGUUUGGCUUGGGGGUUUUUUAUGUGCUAGUUGGGAUAGUUCUGCAGUGUUUCAGAAACGCUAAUCUGUCACACUGUGAUAAGGAAAACUGCAAUAACUUCACAAGUUGUUCUAGGGCACUGCACCAAGAACAACUUGUGAAGUUAAUUCAGUUUUUUAUUUUUUCAACAUAGCGGAUUAACUGAAAAAAUAAGACUAUUUUCAGUAUAAUUGCUCCUAACUGCCAAAACUGUUUAGAUUAUAAAGAUUUAUCCAGCCUACUCAGACUUGAGUAUUGUACAGCCAUAGUCACAGCUGUACAGCCCAGGUUACACAUUAAAAAGACCUUAAACCUAAAGAAGUAGCUUUUCUUCCUACCGGGGUCGGUUCAUUCCUCUAGCUGAGACCAUAAAAACUAAACAGUGGCAGAUUACUAACAGACACUGGGAGAUAAGGAUAGCUUUCAGUCCUACAAUGAUCCCAUUCACACAACACACGGGUAAAUGGUUGAAACCUUUCUUUAAGUUUCAUUUCUAUCUUGAUUACAGUAUCAGUGACACAGGGGCUUUUUGUCACCAAAUACCCUGAAGGUGUUUGAUUUUGAUCUCAUGUGACAACUCAUGAUGCCAGCUAUAGUUUAACUGAUACUUGCUGAAAUUCAACCUUUUUCAGCAUUUUGUUAAGAAGCUCUCAGGUCGUUGUCAACAGUGAAACUUAACCACAAAAAUAAACUAAACCAUACAAUUUUUAAGCUGUGAUUUUUGGGCUUGUUGCCUCUGCUAUACCUCAAUAAUUUAGAAGUAAGUUUGUUAAAAUAAUGUUACGUUUAUGUUUUGUGGCUCAUGGUUCAAUGGUUCUUGUGACGAGUGGAUAGCACCAUGAAUACUGCUAUUUCUGACAUUAUAUAUAAUGUAUUCACCAUUCACAUGAAUACAAACUACAUGCCAAACACCCUUAUGUGGCAUUAAGUAUUAGGUGCUUGUUUCUAAAGUGGAGGAAAACAGAAUCCUAUAUAAAAUCUGAGACAUGGCUUUAUGUAAAUUCUGGGAUUUACAUUUACAACCUUCCAGGUGUUAUCAAACGUUUAAUUGCUGAUAGAUAAGUUGUAAAGUAAAUGUGAAUACUUCUUUGUGGUUUCUCACAGUGUGAGGUUGGAUUUGGAAUACUGAAACGAUCCAUCAGUGUUGUUCACAUGUCUUACAUUAAUAUCAUUUAGUAUCAUUGCUUCUCUUUUAAUAAGGCAAUAGGUAGUAUUUAUCAGUAACUGUGCAUUUAUCAUUUAACUUUCCCACUUUAUCAUAAGCAAACAGUGACUUAGAGAUAGCCAUAGCAUUUAGUGGUUCAUAAAUAAGCCUUAUCUCAGAUACAGGGGCAAAAAAGCCAAUCGGGUCUUGCAAAUGCACAGUUGCACUACAUUUAGAUGGUUUAAUACUCUGCUCUUUUUAUUGUACACUAGCUAAUGCAUUUCUGGCUUGUAUAGAAAACUGAACACUCAGUACAGUGAUAUAACAAACGUCAGUCCAAUCCCCCAGGAUCUAUUCUAUAUACAUGGUGGUUAUUAUUCAUGAUUUGUAUUAAAUUAAGUAGGAUUUAGCUUAUGUGUAUUGGAUUUAUUUAAUUACUGUAAGCACAACAAAUCUUAUUUAAGAACUGCUAGAGACGACUGGCAGUGUUAACCUUGAUUAACUAAAAUUUAAAGGAUAAUAAUGUAUGAAAUGUCCUUCCUGAUGCAACCCUCUCAAUUUUUCCCAGGCUUGGGACCAGCACUGUGAAUUAACCUCUCAGUAGCUGAGUUGGUUGCCUGCCAGGUAAAAACAUGGAACAUUAAUGCUUCACUAAUAUUAGACUUUAAAUUAUAAUAUUAUCUUGGUCUAAUUUAAGACUUAUACACAAAUAGACUUUGAAAAAAUGAAUAUUUUUCAUAAUAUUUUAUUUGCAAAAAUAAACUAUGGAAACAACUAUCCUCAAGUAUGCCCUUAAAACAUUUUAUUCAUCAAAAUAAAGUGCCUCGUGUGACUGAGAUAUUUAGGAGAGACCUGGAGUGGAAUUGAGCAAAGCAUCAGAAGAUUUCCAAGAAAAAGGUUUUGUUGAAAAGAGGUUAUGACUGUGGGCAGUACAGUAGUCAGGGAUGUUUAUAUUUAGUGUAACGUAGGUUACUUUAGAGCUACAUCUGCAAAAACAGUUUUAUCAGUGUCAUAGUGAAGGUCACUAACAGUGAUUUUCUGACAAGGUUACUAUCUGAAAUUAGACAUAUCCUCAGUAGCAUGCAUUUCACUCAUAAAAUGAUCCACAAUUUUCAGUUAUCUCCAUCUCAGCCAUAUUGAAUUGGUGUGAACAGCCACCCAAAGAAGAUGCACUAAUCAUAAAACUGUAUGUAUGUAUGUAUGUAUUUAUUUAUUUAUUUAAUAAAUAAUUUAUUUUCA